UUUGUAAAUAAAUGGCCGCUCGGCCAAAUUGGAUUGAACAUUUUUACGUUUUUUUCGUGUUUUGUGUCGUCCUGUGAUUGUUUUAAUCGAAAAUGUCGCGUAGUUUUUUUCGUCCCGUUUGCGUACGUGUAUAAUUCAAUCACGUAAGCCUAGAGGAACUGGCCACAAAUCGAGUGUCAGGAGCAGGCUGUUUCCGACCAUAUUCACGGGCUCCUGACAAGGACUGACAACCCAUCCUAAAACCGUAAUCCAGCCAUGGCAAUGAGCGGUCAGUUUUUGACCUUUCUGGUUCUGCUCGUGCUGGGACAAGUUUGCAGCAAUGCACGUCGAACUGGAACUGAUCCUCCAGAAAUAAUAAGCAAACCGAGAAAUCAGCAAGUCAAAGCCGGCGGCGUCGCCGGCUUCUAUUGUCAAGCCAAAGGCGAUCCUCUGCCGCAAAUUCAGUGGAGGAAAAACGGCAAAAAAGUGUCAGGUUCUCAAACACGUUACCAAGUAAAAGAGUUCCCGGACGGUAGAGCCCUACUACGAAUAGAUCCAGUAAAAGCUGGACGAGACGACGCCACGUACGAAUGCGUAGCUGAAAAUGGUGUCGGCGAUGCCGUUAGCGCUGAGGCCACGCUACAAGUUUUCGAAGUGGAAAAAUUGCCGCCAGGUUUUCCGCAAGUCACCGAAUCGCCGCAAAAUAACAAAGUAGUGGAGAUCGGCCAUAACACGAUGCUGAAUUGCGCGGCUACCGGAAGUCCGGCGCCGAAAAUUACGUGGCUGAAAAAUAUGUUGCCCAUCAAUAUGACUAACAAUCCCCGGUACUCGAUCAGGGACGACAAACCAGGUUCACUCCAAAUAAAAACCAGCGAAGAAAAAGACCACGGGAAAUACGAAUGCGUAGCUGAAAACUCUAUAGGCACAGAUUAUUCAAAGUUUGCAAUACUUUACGUUAAAGUUCGUCGUGUUCCUCCUUCGUUUUCCAUCCCUCCGCCGCCGAUCAGCGAAGUUAAAUUGGGCGACGACCUUAAUUUGACGUGCGUAGCUGUCGGAUCGCCGAUGCCCUUUGUCAAAUGGAGAAAGGGCGCCACCGAAGAACUCACCCCCGAAGAUAAGUUACCUAUCGGCAAAAACACCUUGGAACUAAAGAAAAUCGAGGCUUCGGCUAAUUAUACUUGUAUCGCUGCCAGCGCUUUGGGAAUCGUCGAAACUGUUGCUCAGGUUAAAGUACAAUCAUUACCAGGACCACCAACAAACGUCCGAGUAUCAGAAAUCACUGCUACAUCGGUGAGACUAACUUGGUCUUACACCGGACCAGAAGACUUGCAAUACUACGUCAUCCAAUUCAAACCGAAAUACGCUAAUCAGGCUUACAGCGAAAUCAGCGGCAUCAUCACCAUGUACUAUUCCGUGAGGAAUUUGAGUCCCUACACCGAAUAUGAAAUGUACGUGAUCGCUGUUAAUAAUAUUGGACGAGGACCUCCUAGCGCUCCUGCUGUAGUAACUACUGGAGAAACUGAACCUGGAACUGCUCCGCGAAAUGUCCAAGUGCGGCCUCUCAGCUCGAGCACGAUGGUUAUUCAGUGGGACGAACCGGAAACACCAAACGGACAAGUAACGGGCUACAAAGUCUACUACACCACCAAUUCCCAGCUACCGAUGGCCCAAUGGGAAGCCCAAGUUGUUGACAAUAAUCAGCUUACUACGAUUAGCGAGCUGACGCCUCAUACCAUCUACACGAUACGAGUGCAGGCUUUUACUUCGGUUGGUCCAGGACCUCUCAGUGCUCCCGUGCACGUUAAAACUCAGCAAGGUGUUCCCAGUCAACCGAGUAGCUUGCGCGCUUUCGACAUCGGCGAAAGUUCCGUGACACUCCAGUGGAGCAAACCCACGCACUCCGGCGAAAGUAUCGUGAGCUACGAGCUCUACUGGAACGACACUUACGCCAAAGAAAAGCACCAUCGUAGAAUACCAAUUUCCGAGUCCUACAUAUUGACCGGACUGUAUCCUAACACGUUGUACUACGUAUGGUUGGCUGCGAGGUCUCAAAGGGGCGAGGGAGCGACCACACCUCCUAUACCCGUCCGAACAAAGCAGUAUGUACCGGGCGCGCCGCCGAGCAACGUACGAGGAGAGGCGGUAAGUCCGACGGCGAUCAGGGUGCGGUGGGAUCCGCCGCCUGCGAACCGGAGCAACGGCAACAUAAUUUACUACAAGCUGCAUUUCGUUGAAGCUGAUAGGUCCGAUAGCGACGCUACGAUUAACAAAAUGAACGGAACCGAAUUCGAGCUGGACGAGCUCAAACGCUGGACGACUUAUCGUAUUUGGGUGCUGGCUGGGACGUCGGUCGGCGAUGGGCCCGCCUCUUAUCCGAUCAACAUUCAAACGUUAGAAGAUGUGCCCGGCGAUCCUCAGGAUGUCAAAGUAACACCCAUUAAUUCGACCACCAUAAAAGUCAAUUGGAAUCCGCCACAAAUCAGAGACCGUAACGGUAUUAUUUUGGGGUAUCACGUACACGUACAGGAAGUUAAAGAAGAGAGUAAAAGUUUCCUAAACGAACCGAUGCGCUUUAACGUCCUCGGUGAUCAAACGCUAGAACUAAACAUUAGCAGCCUUCAACCAGAUACCACUUACAACAUCCAAGUGGCUGCUUUAACCAGAAAAGGAGACGGCGAUCGGAGUACUCCGGUUGAAGUGAGAACGCCUGGAGGUGUCCCCAAUCGGCCUGCGCUCACCUUAAAAAUCAUCGAAAGAGACCCGGCAGUGACAAUCGAGCUGGAAUGGUCUAGGCCUUCGCAAACCUACGGCGAACUAAAAGGCUACCGCUUGCGGUACGGAGUCAAAGACCAACUACUGAAAGAUGUCCAUUUGAAAGGUUCAGGCACUAGCUACCGAAUCAACGACUUGGAACGAGGCGUAGAAUACGAAUUCCGAGUCGCAGGCCUAAACCACAUCGGCAUAGGCCAGGAAUCCAUCAAAUAUUUACGCACCCCUGAAGGACCUCCCACAGGACCCCCUACAAAUAUAACUUAUCGCUUCCAAACCCCCGACGUGGUAUGCGUAACUUGGGACCCACCAACCAGAAACCACCGUAACGGUCAAAUAGUAAAGUACGACAUUGAGUUUCACAAAAAAUCCGAUCACAACAACGUAAUUUUCCGUAAUGUAACCAAAACCAAAGCGGUGUUUACCAACUUAGAAGAAAACACCGAAUAUGUGUUUCAUGUUAGGGCCUACACCAAUCAAGGAACCGGACCUAACAGCGAAAAGCAAACAAUUCAAACCGAAAAAGAUAUAGGCAGAGCCCCGAUGGCAGUGAAAGCAGUAGCUACUUCAGAAUCUAGCGUGGAAGUUUGGUGGGAACCUGUUCCUUCCCGUAACAAAGUCAUUGGCUAUCAAAUAUUUUACACAAUGACUGCCGUCGAGGACUUGGACGAGUGGCAACAAAAAACCGUGGGCCUAACCAACUCGGCCGAUUUAGUCAAUUUAGAAAAGUACGCACAAUACGCCAUUGCUGUAGCAGUUAGAACAAAAAACGGCUUAGGAAGACUAUCAGAAAAAGACACAGUCAAAGUAAAACCCGAAGACGUGCCCCUUAACCUGCGAGCCCACGAAGUCACUACUCACUCGAUGACCUUAUCUUGGUCGCCCCCAAUCAGGCUAAAUCCUGUCAAAUACAAAAUAUCUUUUGAUGCCAUCAAAGAGUUUGUAGACUCGCAAGGCAUUACCCAAACCCAAAACAUACCGAGAGUCGAAAUAAUUUUAAACGAUGACGUCAAAUCGCAUACGAUAAACGAGUUGAGUCCUUUUACGACAUAUAAUGUUAACGUGAGCGCCAUACCUAGCGAUGACUCGUACCGUCCUCCAACCAAAAUCACUGUCACGACGCAAAUGGCAGCUCCACAGCCAAUGGUAAAGCCCGAUUUCUAUGGGGUAGUCAACGCGGAAAUUCACGUAAUCUUACCGCAAGCCUCCGAGGAAUACGGUCCUAUCAGUCACUACUAUUUAGUGGUCGUACCCGAAGACAAAUCGACCAUACAAAAGAAUCCCGAUCAAUUUUUGACUGACGAUCUUUUGGAUAAUAUCAAGAGGGUGUCCGACGAUUCGACCUUGCCUUAUAUAGCUGCCAAAUUUCCGCAAAGGAGUAUACCGUAUACGUUUCACUUGGGCACUGGUGAGGAAAAGGAGGGACUGACGAAUUUCAAGUUGAAGCAGGGCACGAGAUAUAGGAUUUUUGUUAGAGCGGUUGUAGACACUCCUCAAAAACACCUCUACACCAGCAGUCCAUUUUCCGAAUUCCUCUCCCUGGACAUGCGUCCUCCUCCUCCAGGAGAGCCUCCGAUCAGGCCCAACCCCAACGCACCCACCGACAACGACGUGAAAGUCAGCUCGCAAAGAAAAGAAGCCACCUACCUUUGGGUCAUCGGUCCGGUGAUAGCGGCAGUCCUUCUGUGCUCGAUCCUGGUCGCUUUGUUUAUACUGCGUCGUAGGAGGCAACCGUGCAAAGCUCCCGAUCAGGCGGCAGUCACCAAGCCCCUAAUCUCAGCCGACUUGAACACCAGCACGGCUCCUAGUGACCCGGUGGAACAGAGACGUUUGAACUUCCAAACUCCCGCCAUGAUAUCGCACCCUCCGAUUCCUGUGUCGGAACUUUCCAAUCAUAUUGAACGACUGAAGGCCAACGACAAUCUUAAGUUUUCGCAGGAAUAUGAGAGUAUCGAGCCGGGUCAGACUUUUACCUGGGAGUUUUCUAAUAUGGACGUCAACAAGCCGAAAAAUAGAUACGCUAACGUUAUUUCUUAUGAUCAUAGUCGCGUGAUACUGCCAACUGAAGAUGGGCGUAGAGGGUCUGAUUAUAUUAAUGCCAAUUACUGUGAUGGAUAUAGGAAGCACAAUGCUUAUGUGGCAACGCAAGGGCCUUUGCCCGAAACGUUCGCCGACUUUUGGAGAAUGUGCUGGGAGCUGAAAUCGGUCACGGUGGUGAUGAUGACUAAGCUGGAGGAACGCACCAGGAUCAAGUGCGAUCAGUACUGGCCCACAAGAGGCACCGAAGUCUACGGCUCGAUGUCCGUAACCAUAUCGGACGUGCAGGAGCUCGCCACUUAUUGCAUACGCACAUUCCAAAUCCAAAAGGACGGAUACUCGGAUAGCCGAGAAGUUAAACAGCUGCAGUUCACUGCUUGGCCGGACCACGGGGUGCCCGAUCAUCCGGCUCCUUUCUUGCAAUUUUUGAGACGGGUGCGCAGCCUGAAUCCGAUGGACGCCGGACCUAUUUUGGUGCACUGUUCGGCGGGCGUGGGCAGGACCGGGUGUUUUAUUGUCAUCGAUUCGAUGCUGGAACGGAUGAGGCACGAGAAGACUGUGGAUAUUUACGGGCACGUGACUUGUCUUCGGGCUCAGAGGAAUUAUAUGGUGCAAACUGAGGAUCAGUACAUUUUCAUUCACGAUUCACUUUUAGAGGCUUACAUUUGUGGAGCUACCGAGGUACCGGCCCGUAAUUUGCACCCGCACAUCCAGAAACUGAUGCAGCUUGAAUUGGGCGAAAAUAUCACCGGAAUGGAACACGAAUUUAAAAAGCUAGGCAACAUUAAGACUGAUUCUUCACGUUUCGUUACUGCAAACUUACCUUGCAAUAAGCACAAAAAUAGAUUAGUACAUAUCCUACCUUACGAAAGUACGCGGGUUUGUCUGCAACCAAUAAGAAACAUGGAAGGUUCCGAUUACAUAAACGGUAGUUUCAUCGAUGGUUAUCGGUAUCGGAAAGCGUACAUCGCCACCCAAGGUCCGUUACCCGACACCACUGACGAUUUGUGGCGCAUGCUCUGGGAACACAACUCUACCAUUAUUGUAAUGCUGACUAAACUUAAGGAAAUGGGAAGAGAAAAGUGUCAUCAAUAUUGGCCAAGCGACCGCUCGGUUCGUUACGGAUGUUACGUGGUAGACCCGAUAGCCGAGUACAACAUGCCCCAAUACAUUUUGCGCGAAUUUAAAGUUACGGACGCGCGCGAUGGUUCUUCUAGAACGAUGCGCCAAUUCCAGUUCACCGAUUGGCCCGAGCAAGGAGUACCAAAGUCCGGAGACGGUUUCAUCGAUUUCAUUGGACAGGUGCACAAGACUAAGGAACAAUUCGGACAAGACGGUCCUAUCACUGUACAUUGCAGUGCUGGUGUUGGAAGAACUGGUGUAUUUAUAACGUUGAGUAUAGUUUUGGAAAGAAUGCAAUAUGAAGGGGUGGUAGAUGUGUUCCAAACUGCCAGGAUAUUGAGGACUCAGAGGCCUGCCAUGGUACAAACAGAGGAUCAGUACCAGUUUUGUUAUCGAGCAGCUCUCGAAUAUUUAGGAUCUUUUGAUCAUUACACAAACUAAGUUGUUAAUUUGAUUGUUAAGAGGAUGCUGGCUUUAUCAAUAAAUUAAUGUGUCUGUGUAUAAAAGCCAAAUACAUAAUUUAACUUUACUUUGCAGAUUUUAUAUUAAUUUGCUUUAUACUCAAGGCCAUUUUAAUAUCUAAAAUUUUUGAUUCUAAAGACCAAUCAAUGAGCCCAAAAGAUGUCUAAAGAUAGCGAUAUUUUGCACUGUAGGUACAGCAUCCUCUUAACUUAAUUGUUAACAGAAGAUGACAAUAACUGCCCCCAUCCAUCGUCCAUCGAGCUCUUCUGUUUUCGACUUUGCCAUCAUUGCUAGGAGGCAAAUUUGAUGGGGAAAAUUAUUAAAAAAUGCAAUCCGUUGUAAAAUGUAAAUUUAAGCAAACCGAUAAAAUUAGCAAGAAAAACGUGUGAAUUAUGUGCCUAACAUAAGGGAGAGAAUAUAUGGAAAUUGUAUAGUAAACUGCCCCUGAUGUGCACAACAAUUAUUAGCGAAUCAGUAUUUUAAAUGUUCAAUUUUUUGUAUUUUUUGUCACUUUUGUCUGUUUUUUUUUUAACAACUUUUAUGUCUUGCCUUGAUUUAUCUCAUAAUUAAGUAUAACUAAAUGUCAACAACUCUUAAUGCUGACUUUUAUAUAUUUUUUUUGUACUUUGUUAUCCAUUAACUUGGAAUAUGAUGUUUUUUGUCUUAUUUUUUUUCGGGAAAAUCCUUUUAUUAUUAAAUUGUUAACAAAUUUAUAUAUUUUUCCAAAACAAAAUAAUAAUAAAAACUUUCUCCCUCUAAACGUAUAAGUAUACAUAUCCUCCUCUAACAUUUAAAUUUGUAUCCCUGCCCUGCAUUAUAUCAUAUAUUAACUUAGAUUUUUUUUUAUAAACCAAUUAUUUACAAUGAUAAUUAUUAAUAAUUAGUUAGCGUAAAUGAAAUAUUAGUGAUACUCAAGAACAAAAACUGGUUGUAUAUAUACCGGGUUUAUAUAUUUUGACAUCCACAAGAUGUUUAUUUAAUCCAAUGGGUGGGUGUCAAAAAUUAUUAAAUCUUGGACACUUAUUAUUUUUGUCAAAAAAAAAAAAAAGAAAAUACCGUUUUCGGUAUCUAGACUGAUUUUUAUUAAUUAUUACUUAAUUUUCUGUUUGUUUAAUUAAUGUAUAAAUCAAUUCACAAAACGUUGUAGCACAUGAUGAGUAAAAGAGAUCUUGAGAAAAAUAAAAAAUAGAUUUUAAUUA